AUGGUACAAGGCAUCCAUGUACUUACAUGUGAAGUUUAUCCAUCGGCGGUGGAUUGGGAUGGAUGGCAUAAUACCUUUGGACGGCAUCAUCGAUGAGAUGGCACACGUUUGACACAACGGCGAUCUUUGCCGACGGCGACCGUCGAUGCGGUAGUUCCGCCAUCUUGGCAAUCGCGGCCGCGUAGGGAAGUGUUUCUUGUGCAGGCAUAUCGAGGCGGUAGAUCAAAGGCACGUUGACGGACGCGGCAACACACGUGGACUUCCGUAAGCUUGACAUGAUGGAUGUGAGGGAGGCGUCGGCGACGGUGCAGUACGCUACAAACACACCAUGUAGCGUUGGCUGCAGAUGCACAAAGAGCGCGUCUUCUACUACUUGUUGGACGCAUGGAAUCACCGAGGGGGUUGCAAGGAAGGGGUAUUUGAACUGGAUGACUUGCACGAGCAAAUUGCUGAACUCGAUGACGUCGGCGGCGGCCUGCGCGGUGAUGUCCGCAUCCUUCGUGUACGUGUGCAUGUGUUGCUGGUACAGUGCAUGGAAUACUUGUGCGAAUUCCAGGACGACCGUGCCUAAAGAAUGCUUGAUCGGUCUCGUGAGGGAAUUCGUGGUCGUUGCACUGCGGAAUAUGGCGCGAAAGUGCGCGUCGAUGGUUGCGGCAGGCGAGGCGCCCAUCAUCGCGCGGGUGGUGAAAUCAUCGUCUACAAGCUGCGCCAAUGCUUGCUUCUCGACGGGGGGGAGAUCGACAAAUAGCUCGGCAAACACGCUGUGGGGACGAGAGAUGGAGGAGGUCGACGAUAUCGUCCGCGGACGCCGCGACGACGGUCGCGCCGACGCCGCGUCCACGACACGUGCGACAAGCGCCGAGCGAACAUCCAAAGUGGAUUGAGUGUGAAUGGAUGGACGAUCCGCUAGGUUGCGCAAGGCUUGGAACGCAUGCAGGCUCUCUUGUCGCUUGCUCUUGUCAAUUUCGUUAUGGGAUGGGACUGACAUGGCCCGACGGCGGGGGAAGGAGGAGUUGUCGCCUAGGUAACUGGAAGCAUUCUUGGGCGAGUCCAUGAGCUCCUCUUCGAGGUCCGAGAAGCUGUCGUCAAGGUAGUCGACCGACAGCGGCGUGUCGGUGUCCGGAUGAAAGACCAUCUUCGUAACUCAAGUGAAAC